AUGUCGCAAAAGCAGAAGCAGGUAGACUCGCGCAUCCCCGCGCUCAUUCGCAAUGGCCUGCAGGAGAAGAAGCGAAGCUUCUUCGUCGUGGUCGGUGAUCGCGGCAAGGACAUCAUCGUGAACCUGCACCACAUCAUGUCGCAGAUGGAGCUCAAGCAGAACAAAUCGGUUCUCUGGGCCUACAAGAGCAAGCUCCUCAACUUCACAAGUCACCGACAGAAGCGAGAGAACAAGAUCAAGAAGGAGGUGAAGCGCGGCAUCCGCGAGGCCAACGAUAUGGACCCAUUCGAAGCCUUCGUUACCCUGCACAACAUCCGCUACGUCUACUACAAGGAGACUGAGAAGGUUCUCGGAAACACCUUCGGCAUGUGCGUCCUCCAGGACUUCGAGGCACUGACGCCUAAUAUUCUCGCCAAGACCAUGGAGACUGUUGAGGGUGGCGGCCUCGUCAUUCUGCUGCUCAAGGGUAUGAACAGCUUGAAGCAACUCUACAACCUGUCCAUGGACGUCCACAACCGUUACCGUACCGAGGCCCACGACGAUGUCGUUGCCCGCUUCAACGAGCGCUUCAUUCUGUCGCUCGGCGGCUGCGACUCUUGUCUUGUCAUUGACGACGAGAUGAACGUUCUCCCCAUCUCUGGUGGCAAGAACGUUACGGCCCUGCCUCCUCCCGACCUGGAUCAGCCUGUCAGCGAAACCCAGAAGGAACUGGACGGCAUGAAGGAGUCGCUUCAAGAUACCCAACCAGUCGGCUCCCUGGUUACCCUUGCCAAGACUGUCGACCAAGCCAAGGCCCUCUUGACAUUCGUCGACGCCAUUGCCGAGAAGACGCUGCGCAGCACAGUCACCCUGACGGCAGCGAGAGGUCGUGGCAAGUCGGCUGCCAUGGGUGUGGCCGUCGCUGCCGCGGUGGCUCACGGAUACAGCAACAUCUUCAUCACGUCGCCCUCGCCAGAGAACCUGAAGACGCUCUUCGAGUUCAUCUUCAAAGGUUUUGACGCUCUGGGCUACGCCGACCACGCCGACUACUCGAUCAUUCAGUCCACGAACCCCGAUUUCAACAAGGCGAUUGUUCGCGUCAACAUCCACAGGCAGCACCGCCAGACCAUCCAGUACAUCAGGCCGCAGGACGCUCACGUUCUUGGCCAGGCCGAGCUGGUCGUCAUCGAUGAGGCCGCCGCCAUUCCCCUGCCCCUCGUCCGCAAGCUCAUGGGCCCCUACCUCGUCUUCAUGGCCUCCACCAUCAACGGUUACGAGGGUACUGGUCGAUCUCUGUCCUUGAAGCUGAUCAAGCAGCUACGAGAGCAGUCGAGGCCAGGUGCGGCAUCCAACGGCGACACCACCGUCGCUGACCGCUCCACGGGCCGCGCUUCCAAGGAGCAGUCUUCUGGUUUCCAGGCUAGCCGUUCCCUGCGCGAGAUCACACUCUCCGAGCCGAUUCGUUACGCCAAGGGCGACUCCGUCGAGAAGUGGCUCAACACUCUCCUCUGCCUGGACGCGACCCUGCCCAGAGCCAAGGUCAGCGGCCAGGGCUGCCCUGACCCGUCGCAGUGCGAGCUCCUCCAGGUCAACCGCGAUACCCUCUUCUCCUUCCACCCCGUUUCCGAAAAGUUCCUGCAGCAAAUGGUCGCGCUGUACGUCGCCAGCCACUACAAGAACUCGCCCGACGAUUUGCAGCUGAUGAGCGACGCCCCUGCGCACGAGCUCUACGUUCUCGUGCCGCCCGUUUCGGAGGAAAACCAACGUCUUCCUGAGCCCCUGUGUGUCAUCCAAGUGUCUCUCGAGGGAAAGAUCAGCAGGCAGAGCGUCCUCAACUCGCUGAGCCGGGGCCAGCGGCCGUCUGGUGAUCUCAUCCCCUGGUUGGUCAGCCAGCAGUUCCAGGAUGAGGACUUUGCCUCGCUGUCCGGAGCCCGCGUUGUGCGCAUUGCCACGAACCCCGAGUACAUGGGCAUGGGCUACGGUUCCAAGGCGCUGCAGCUCCUCACAGACUUCUACGAGGGCAAGUUCACGAGCCUGAACGAGGAGGACAUUGUCAUGGAGGACACCAUCACUCGCGUCACGGACGAGGAGCUCGAGAACGCGAACCUCCUCGAGGACAACAUCAAGAUUCGCGACAUCAACAAGAUGCCGCCCCUGUUCGCCAAGCUCUCCGAGAAGAAGCCCGAGCUGCUCGACUACAUUGGCGUCAGCUACGGCCUCACCCAGGAGCUACACAAGUUCUGGAAGCGGGCGACCUUCGCGCCCGUGUACCUGCGGCAGACGGCCAACGACCUGACUGGCGAGCACACGUGCGUCAUGCUGCGACCGCUCGAGAACGGCGGCGACAGGUCUUGGGUCGGUGCCUUCUCUCGCGACUUCCACAAGCGCUUCCUGUCGCUGCUGUCGUACCAGUUCCGCUCUUUCUCAGCCGUCAUGGCGCUGAGCAUUGACGAGUCGGCGAACCUCGGCGCCAAGCUCGACGAGCAGGAGCCCGCGCCCCUCAACAAGACGGACCUUGACAGGCUCGUGUCGCCGUUCGACCUGAAGCGUCUUGAGUCGUAUGCCAACAACAUGCUCGACUACCAUGUCAUCCUCGACCUCAUCCCCACCAUCUCCAACCUCUACUUCACCGGCCGCCUCAAGUCCGACAUCAGGCUCACGGGCGUGCAGCAGGCCAUUCUGCUGGCCAUCGGCGAGCAGCGCAAGGACCUCGACGUCAUCUCGACGGAGCUCUCGCUGCCCUCGCAGCAGCUCCUCGCCAUGUUCAUCAAGAUCCUUCGCAAGGUGACGACGCACUUCACGGCCCUCGUCUCCAAGGCCGUCGAGGCCGAGCUGCCGCAGAGCAAGUCCCUCGGCGUCAGCCGCGAGAACGCAACGGGCGUGCACGACGACGAGGUCAUCGACCAGCGCUUCCAGCCUCUCGAGACGACGCUCGACGACGAGCUCGAGGAGUGCGGCGACGAGGUCCUGCAGACGCUGCGCAAGAAGCAGCGCGAGCUCAUCGACUCGCUCCCGCUCGACGAAUACGAGAUUGAGGGCGACACGCCGGCGUGGCAGGAGGCUGAGGCGCAGGUGGCCAAGGGGCCCGCGAGCACCGUCGUCAGUGUCAAGUCCAAGUCGAAGCGCAAGGCUGGCCAGACGGCGGCCGAGGUGUAUGACGAGGCUGUCGGAGAGAAGUCGAGGAAGAAGGCCAAGAAGGGUGGCAAGCGCGACAGGUGA